ACAAGAAGCGAUUCCAGAGACAUCCAGACUGAGAUUAACAAUAUGAUUUCUACUUAUUUUUUAAUAAUUAUCUAGAUUUUAUCCGCAGCUAUUUUAAUUUCAACGGACGUGCAAUUUUUUUAUUACAUUUAUCAUGGAUCUCAUCAUUUCAAAAUCAGUAUUGGUAUCUCUUGUCAAUAAAGCCUUUUGCCUUCGAAGAAUACUUGAUGCAUCUUUUUCUCCCGUUGCAUGUCAUGCUGUUUAUUUACAAAAUCGUAAAAAGCACUGGAAUUCUCUGUUUAGAAAAGAGAGAAGUAAAAAGGUUUUGAAAGUUGUGUUACCUGAAUCUGAUGAAAAAAGUUUCAAAGAAAAAUUAACAUUAGAAGAGAUGAGAUCUCUUUUGAAAGAAAAGGGUAUUGUGCCUCAUAAAAAAUGGAAUAAAAAACCAAUGCUCAUAACUUGCACAGGUGGCAUAACUGAUCCAUAUAUUCCUCCAAAAGGAGAUGGGAAAAUGACAUUCGUGUCAAAGCAGGGUCUCAAACAGUUAUGUGAUGGCUUGGAAAUAAUGAAAGGAAGAUCUUAUUUGGCUCUCAGAAAAAUUCAAAAUUUAGAUUAUAAUUUUGAUUUACCAACUCUUGCUGAAAAGGGAAAUGAAAUAUACAUUGAUGCCCAGAAAGCUUUGUCAGAAAAAAAUGAAGAGAAAUUACAAGAACUAGUGACAGAAAAAGCUUUCAUAGAAAUGAUGGAAGCAACAAAGUUGAGAACCAUAAGAUGGAACUUUAUACAAUCUUUAGAACCGCCAAGAAUCGUUCACAUCAGGUGCCAAGAAAUGAUAUCUAAAACAAAUAUAUUUGCUCAAGUGACUCUGCGAUUAUUCUCUCAACAAACGUUAGCUGUUUAUGAUCGUUUUGGACGUCUCAUUCAAGGUAGUGAAGACACAUUAAAAGAUGUACUUGAAUAUGUGGUUUUUGAAAAACAUUUAACAGUUCCUGAUGGUUCAUGGAGAAUUCAUGGUAAAUUUUUUUCAGAAAUUGUACCAAGUAAUGAUUCAGUUAAAGUAAUAAACCAAAAAAUGGACAAGAAAGUUAACAAAAAUAUCAGCUCACAUCAAAAUAUCAUUAGCAGAAGGUGAAACUGAACUUAAUUUGAAUUAUUAACUAUAAACUGAAGUGCUUUGUAUUAUCUUUCUUCAUCAGAUAUCCGUUUAUUUACUUUCUUUCUAUUAGAGGGACUGGAAAGUAUUGUUGUUUCGGUGCAUAUGAUAUUUGUUAUGUUGAUUUUAUUUUUAAUCAAUAAUGUAUUCACCCUUGUUAGCAACAACCUUUCAAUGCCGUAUGGAAAAUGAAUUAGUUUUUAAGACUAACGAAUAUUUAAUACGCCGAAACAACAUCACUUAUCCUCCUAAUAAUAUUCUCCAUUUUAUCUUUUUAAAAUGAUAUCUAGAAGUAAAUCAUAAAAUUUAUUCAGAGAAUACCUACUAUCAUGUGAAAAGCAAUUGAAUCUCUAAUGUUUAAAGUGACUAAGUGAAAUUAGCAAAAUAAAUAUAUUUAUUAAUUUAAUCAUAAUUUUGGUUUGAAAAAUAUUUUUUAUUUAAUACUGUUUGAAAUGCAUUUGUUUUCUCUUAACAUUCUUUUUGCUUCACAUAAGGAAACGCUGGCAAAAUUUUAGAAAAACUUCUUGCUAAGCUCUACUUUCACAUUGUAUAAAAUCAGAAAAACUGAUUAUUUGAUUCAGUAAAAGCCAAUGCAGCUUAAGGUUCAGAAAAAACUGUAUUUAAUGCUCGGAUGGUUUAUUCAUUUAUUUUUGUAAUCUAAUAAAUUAAUACAAUAUUAAUUGUCA